AGACAGAGGGAGCGCGGGUACCGUUAACGACGGGUGGCGGUGGGAUAGAAUCUUUCCUCUUCCAGUUUAACCGAACAAAGCCGCGAUACGGUGGGACGGAAGUCAUGGAAAAUAUUCCAGGGAAGGUCUGGAACGGCUGCCACGGAGAAUAUACCUCAUUUGUUGACGUGAAACGGGGAAUAUAACCGCAGACAGUAGAAACCACACAACACGUCGGGCUACUCUUUCUCCAUCUCCACCAUUUUGGUUGUCAGUGAUGGAGCACAUUCGGACGCCCAAGGUGGAGAAUGUGCGUCUCCUGGACCGGUCGUCGGGCCAGAGGAAGGCCAGCUCUGGGACUCUCUACCUUUCUGCCACGCACACCAUCUUUGUAGAGAACAACCCUGAGACACGCAAGGAGACAUGGGAGAGAACCUGUUUUGGGACCGUCCAGACCCUCAUUGGUCAGGUUGGUCACGACCAGGGAGAAAGUACAGCGGAGCUGUACUGCCUUGUCCUUUAUCCCCAUGUGAACAAGGAGGGACAGAGAAAGAGUCCAUGGAACCUUCAUAGACUCAUGACCGACCUACAAGAGGAUGGCGAGGUUCCUAAAAACCCUGUUGGUUACUACAGCCAGCCAACAGUGAAGUACAGACAGGCCCACGCCCUGCCAUCAUCGGGUGGGCGGCUCAACGGUUCAGGAGUCGGUUGGGUCGAUUUCCUUCCUCUGUCCUCACUUCCACCAGGACACGCUGUGGGUGAGAUGAGAUCUCCAUCCAUGACUGACUUCCUGUGGGGUCUGGAGAACUCUGGCUGGCUCAAACACAUUAAAGCCAUACUAGAUGCUGGGGUCUUCAUAGCCAGGGCAGUUGCUGAUGAAGGUGUGAGUGUGUUGGUUCACUGUUCAGAUGGCUGGGACAGGACGGCUCAGGCCUGCUCUGUUGCCAGUAUACUGUUGGACCCGUUCUACAGAACCAUUAAAGGACUCAUGGUGCUGAUAGAGAAAGACUGGGUUUCCUUUGGACACAAGUUCUCCCACAGGUACGCUCACCUGGAUGGAGAUCCUAAAGAGGUGUCCCCCGUCAUCGAUCAGUUCCUGGAGUGUGUGUGGCAGCUGUCCGAGCAGUUCCCAUGUGCCUUUGAGUUCAACGAGCGCUUCCUCGUCGCCAUACACACACACGUCUACUCCUGUCAUUUUGGGACCUUCCUGGGCAACUGCCAGAAGGAACGCAGGGAUAUGAGGCUUCGGGAGCGGAGUCAUUCUGUGUGGCCUCAGCUGUGGAAGGACAGAGCCGAGUACACCAACCCUCUGUACAAUGCCGAGCUGAGCCAGACUCAGGGCGUCCUGAGACCCAACACCACCCCCUACUGCUUCAAAAUGUGGAAGGGUCUCUAUAACCACAUGGAGAAAUCAACACCUCCUCGCCAGUCGCCUGCCGACUUCCUGUCCGCCGUGAGGGAGGAGUCCCAGCAGCUGGAGGAGGAGCUGACCAAUCAUCAGGAGAGGAUAGCAGCCCUGACAGGGAAGCCAAUCACGUGGGAGCAGAUCAAGGUUCCGAGGAGGAGGACUAGCCGCCUGCAGCCGAGACACUGCGGGCCGGACCCGCCCACCACUUACACAGACCCAAUCACCAGCCCUGCACAGGACAACGGUCACACACUCUCCUCUGAACCGGCCAAUCAGAAGGCUCAAACCAAGGACCCCGUCCUCAUCCUGCCUCUAGGGCCACACACCCACCUCAAGAGCCACGACCCCGACGACCUCUCCACCUGCAGCGACCUAGAGUCGGGCGUGGCCGACCUCAGCAGCCGCUCGUCCAGUGGCGGGGACGACAGAAAGGACCCGGACUCAGAUGAAGCUGCCUUCGCUACUGCCUGACUCAAAAAAAGGGAACCCUGCAGCCUGGCUGGAAGGUGAAAGAGGAAGAGGCCGCUCUUACAGUAGAUAUUUAUUCAAACACCUGGAGGGAGCGAGACAGAGUUAAAGAUGGCGAGUGACUGACUGAAAGGCGGUUGGAUUUUAUGUCUUGUUUUCUCGUAGUCUAAAGGGAGUCAGAGAAACCUCACCGGCUGUUUAACAGUUCACCUUCUUGACAAAGGCACUGAAAGACGCCAUUUUAGUGUUUUAAUUUGACAUUUUUUUAAUUUGUAUGUUUUGUUGCAGUUUUUUAUAUGUGGAUAUUGUUUAGGUGGGCUCAAUUACUGUCAUUUGUACUUUGUUUAAAGAUUGCACUGUUACUACUGUGAGAUGGACAAAUAUUACGUGAAAGUAGCCUAAUAAUGUCGGACACAGGUUCGAUGAGGGGAGGGAAACAACUGGCUGAAACACUUUACAGACAGUAGAACAAACACUCGCACUAGACAAACCUUAACUUGGGUCCAUGUUUAUCAUGUCAACAACAUGAUGGAAGAUUUACUGAAUGAUUGAUUUACAUCCAGUCUUCCUUCUUCAGUGUAAAAUAAUAUGCAUUAUGAUGACAGAAUAGUUUUUCCUCUUAGGUAUUUGUUUGUAGGGCCAGCAGACAUUAAGACAUACUGGAAGCAGCAGAUACAUGAGCUCAAUAACUGACCUGCUGUCAGUAACAUUAUAUCUCCUUGACAGUCUGGAUCAAGUUAGGUAUGAGGGGCCACUAGUGAAGCACUAGAACUCAGUAAUAUAUAUAUAUAUAUAUAUAUAUAUAUAUUAUUAAUAAUAAUAAUAUAAUUAGAAGCUGAUUCAGAGUCGCUGAAUGUGAACUUAUUUGUUCAUGUAGAGGAAAGUGGGUUGUUUCCAGUGAGUUUGAAGGUUUGGACUCUGGAUCAGCCCUCCAUUAUCCCAUCUGAAGCUGAAUGGGAGAACAGAAAUGGAGCUAUAGAGCUGCUGCUAGGGGAACUGUUAAAUGUUGUAUUUGUAGUCUCCACACUGGGAGGCCAGAGAGCUGACCGUCUGAAUCGGCUCACUUUUAUUCCCUGAAGCCUCGUCUUCGGUUGCACUCAAGUCAAGUUAAAUGAUUUCCUUCCUUUCUUACUCGCCCUGGACUUCUCCAAAACCAUAUCACUCUGCCUACUACUAUUACUGAAGCCCAUAGAGGUUAGCGAGUAUAUCUUCAUUGAAAGAAGAGCAAAGAACAGCACUGAAGACUUUUCUCCAUGGAAAAGAUGUUUUUGUUUUGUUUAAAGAACGGUGUCAAAGGAUGCUGAUUGGUCCAGUACCACUUUACUGACCACAAACACAUAGACUGAAGCCUGGCAAGAUGGAUUCUGGCGUGAUCUGGCGAUUCCAGCUGCCUCGUAAGGUUAGCCUGUAGCUGGUGUCAAUAAAGAACUACAGGCUGUUUGAGCUUGGAGCUUGAAGGUAACAAUAUGGCUACUUAUGUAAAAUAAAUAGUCAAACAACGUUCUAUCACUUUGAUUAGCACCCAGCUUAGCUUGCUCAGUGAGCUUGCGGGCAAUGCAUCCUGGUAAAUGUAGGCACUGGUGGCAAGGCUCUGCAAGCAGGACGACUCAGCUUUCUCUGUCAAUAUAGCACACACAGGAAUUUGUUGCUUCAAUUGACUUUUCAGUUUACCACCAAACUGACUGGGCAUCCACAAAAAAUGUGGCAAAAUGUCCCUUUGAUUUAGUUCAGAGUUUAAAGACGAUCAGCUUCAAAUGAAAACUGGAUCCUCCAGAGGCUUUCUGUGAUAAAAGUAGAACAGUGAGAGAAUAUGUCACACAUUUAUUUCUGGAUGGAGGCUUCAUGAACUAGUUUGGUCAUUAGAUUAGAUUACCAGGAACAAGAAUCAGCAAGAAGAAAAUAUGGACACAAAUAUUCCUGUUUACAACAAAUGUUGGGAUACAAUAUUUUCUUUUGUCUUUUUGUGUGCAAUAUAUUAUUUCAAAGCCAUGUAGUCUUCUGUUAUGUUCCAGUCUGCUGUAUGACAUUCUGUAAGGACCUGAUAUCAACACUCAUGUAUUAAUCCUCAAACCAACCGAAUCCUUCAGAUGAGAAAGUGGAAGGUUGGACUGAAGUGUGCUUCAGAAUCUAUAGUGUGUGUCCUUUUAGGGGAUCUGUAACUUUUUACAUUCCCACUUUGAUGAAUUACCUGCGCUGUCCAGAGGGAUCGCUGUGUGGACGUGCAUUCUGUAUUUGAACAAGCAUUUACAGUGUGUGGCUGUGUGCUAGCUAAGAGUUGACCUAUUGGUAAGUUAGUGUAUUUAAAGCUGACUGUGAGAACAUACUGUGUCUCCAGAUGAACACCAAGAAAUCAAAAAAGACUCGACUUGGACUUUAACACCAAUGACUCGCGACUUCGCUUGGACUGGAGCCUUUUGACUGGAAAAGACUUGAUACCUUCCCCCAGCCCCAAACAUUAAAAAGUGUGUUCCAGCAACCGGAUGCUUCAUUCCCUAGAUCCACUGUGUUUGAACCAAUCAGACAGGAUCGUUGCAUUACUGAGCACCCGUUGGAAGAAAUGCUACUAAGGAGCAUUUAGUUUCACUCUCCUGUGGUUAAUAUAGCAUUACAUUUCGGAAGAGCGCAUUAUGAUUUCUUUAGGACUUAAAACUCAAAGUUUAGGACUUGUGACUUGCAAAACAAUGACCUGGCCCCACCUCUGGGACAGACUAAAGAAAACUGUAUUCCAAACACAUUGUAACUGAGUAGUGCACUGAAGGUGACCAACUGUUUAAGCAUAUCAUCACGUAGCCCAAUUUUUAAGGUCUUGGAAAUCAUGUAUACACUUGACAUUCAUACCAACAAAUCAAGAAAAAAAAAGAGGACACGUUUUUCUUUCCACUGUUGGUAUAUUAAACAAAGUGUCCCCAUCCCUGCUCCCACAGCGGCAGUCGUUGGCUGGCGUGCCGACAUGCAGAUACACAGAGACAAGGUAAAGAACAUCACCCAGUGUGUGAUGAAUGACUGAAUCUCCUCUCCCUCUUAACUUGUACAUUUCACUGUAGCCUGUGGUGUGUAUGUGUUCCGUAUCCAUUGAUGUGAAUGAUCUAUCAAUAAAGGGA